AUGAGGGCAGCUCUGGCCCUGCUGCUGCUGCUGCUAGCCACCGCGCGUGCCGAGCACCGAGGUAGAGCUUAUGUGCGGGACAAAGUCUGCCAGGAGUUCCAGACCCUGGGGAAGGAGGACUUCCGGACCCUAACCCUCAUCGCCAACAGCAGGAAGUUCUCCAACGCCACCUUCAAGGAGAUCAGCCACCUCGUCCAGGAAAUCGUCUCCCUGGCUGACACCUGCUGUGCCGAUGGUGCCGACCCCUCCUGCUAUGAUGCUGGGUCCUCAGCUCUGUCGGCCAAAUCAUGCAGCGUGGACUCGCCAUUCCCGGCUCACCCCGGCACGGCCGGCUGCUGCGCCCAGGAGGGGCUGGAGCAGAAGCUGUGCCUGGCUGCCCUUCGCCACCCGCCCCAGCACCUGCCCCGCUACCUCCAACCCUCCAACGAGGAGCUCUGCCAGGCCUUCAAGAAGGACCCCAAGGACUUUGCAGACAGGUUUCUGCACGAGUAUGCCAGCAGCUACAGCCAAGCCCCCCUGCCCGUGCUUCUGGGCUCCACCAGGAGCUUCCUCUCCAUGGUCUCUACAUGCUGCAUCUCUCCUGCGCCCACUGCCUGCUUCCUGAAGGAGAAACUGGAAAGGAAGAGCCUCUCUCUUCUCACCCUGAUGUCAAACCGGGUUUGCACUCGCCUCACAGAAUUUGGGAAGGACAAAGUCACCUCCAGCUACCUCACCUCGCUUGCUCAGAAGAUGCCCAGUGCCUCCUUCGAGGACCUUUUCCCCCUGGCAGAAGGUGCUGCCGAGGUGUUUUCCCAGUGCUGUGACUCAGUGGAUGAGGACUGCAUGCAAAAGAAGUUAUCAGAGCACACGGCCAAAGUCUGCAACACGCUGUCGGCCCAAGACAAAAGGUUUGCUGACUGCUGCAAGGGCAAAAACCUGAUGCAAAACUACUUCUGCAUCUCAGCCUUGCCCCCAGCCACUGUCCCGAAACUGCCUGAGGUACAGAAGCCGACCAACAAGCAGCUAUGUGGGGAGGAGGGGCCUCGUUACACCAAGAGGUACCUGUUUGAGCUGGCACGGAGACACACCAGUGUCCCUGAUGCCUUCCUCGGCAAGCUAUAUGAUGCCUCUGAAAAAGUCAGGGAGGAGUGCUGCUCUGCCAAGGAUGCCUCUGCCUGCCUAGACAGCAAGCGCCAGCAGAUGGGGGAAGAGCUGCCUCCCUUCCUGGAAAAGGCCAACGAGCUCUGUGGGCUGUACACUCAGUUAAAUUUCCUUGACUUCAAGAAGAGGCUGCGGGAGAGCUUGAUGCCGACAGUGCCCAAGGGCAGCCCUGAGCUGCUGGGGCAGCUGGUGGAACAGCGAGCUGACUUCGCCUCCACCUGCUGCCCCCCCAACUCGCCCCCGCUCUACUGCUCCUCCAAGGUGAGCUCAGAGCUGGCCAAGGCGUGUGGUGGCAAGUCCUGCCUGCUGGGCUAG